AUGUGGCUCCUCCGCAGCCUGGCCUGGGCUCUGCUCAGCCCCGUCCUGGCCACCGAGCUGAGCCCGCAGGAAAAUUCCCUGCUGAAAUCGCUGGGUCUGAGCGCCAAGCCCAGCCCCAAAAAGCCGGUGCCGGUGCCGCCCGUGCUCUGGAGGAUGUUCCAGAAGAGGAAGGCGCUGCCCUGGCCGGACAAGGAGCGCGAUUCCUGCAGGGUGGAGGAGCUCAAUGUCCCCGGGGACAUCGUCCGGGUCUUCGCUGACCAAGGCCGCUUCCUCCCCGAGGGGCAGCCCCAGGGGUGGCUGUGUCUGCGGAAGCUCCUGUUCUUCAACCUCUCGGUGCUGGAGGAGGGCGAGCGCUUGACCAUGGCCCAGCUGGAGCUCCAGUUCCACCACAACUCCUACCAGGCCCCCGGCCCGGGGCAGGUUUUGGAGCUCCGGCUUUACCAGGCGUCGCCCCGGGGGCUGCCGCAGCCCCAGCCCGGCCGGAGGCCGCUGGUGGAGCGCUCGUUUGUCCAUCUGCACAAAUCCCUGCUCUUCAACCUGAGCGCGGCGCUGAAGAUGCCGGGCAGGAGCUUGGCUUUGGUGCUGGAGAUCUCUGCGAGCGGCCGGGCCGGGGCCAGCGGGAGCCUGCGGAGCCUCUGUGCCAGCGCUGACGCCUUCUCGGCCACCUCGCUGCUGGUGGUGACCCUGGGCCAGCAGUGCCGCGCCGGCCGCAGCAGGAGGAGCGCCCCAAGCCCCCCGCUGACCCCCAGCCCUUUGUGCAAGCCCCGCCGGCUCUACAUCAGCUUCAGCGACGUGGGCUGGGAGAACUGGAUCAUCGCCCCCCAGGGCUACCUGGCCAAUUACUGCGGCGGGGAUUGUCCCUUCCCGCUGGCGGCGGAGCUCAACAGCACCAACCACGCCGUGCUGCAGACCAUGGUGCACUCGCUGGACCCGCAGGGCACGCCCCAGCCCUGCUGCGUGCCCGUGCGCCUCUCGCCCAUCUCCAUGCUCUACUACGACAACAGCGACAACGUGGUGCUGCGGCACUACCAGGACAUGGUGGUGGAUGAGUGUGGCUGCAGGUAG